GAUGUAAAUUUAUUUCUGAGUUCAACUGAUAAAGAUGAAUUUAUAAAUCUUUUCUUUCUAUUGUUUAGGAUGAUCUACCUAAUUUAAAAUGUUUUUCAUUAAUAUGUUAUAAUAGUACCCGAGCAUAUCGUAAACAAGUUUUACCUCUUCUUCGUCGAAUGUCAUAUCUUGAAGAAUUAACUUUAUAUAUUCAUAUUUUGAAUGGACCCACAUUUAUCUCUGGUACUCGUAUUGAUAAUGAAAUUCUUCGUCAUAUGUCACGACUUCAUAUGUUUACAUUCUAUAUGGCUUGUGAAAAAUAUAUAGAUAAUCCAACAAUUCGUAUAUCGAAGUCAGAUAUUGAAAGAACUUUCACACAUAUCAAACAUCGAUCAGUGGCUUGUAUGAUAGAUUAUUUCGAUUCUAUCAAAAUGAUAUCUCGUGUUUUCUCACUUCCAUUUAAAUUUGAUCGUCUCAAACACAUUGGAAAUAAUAUUCCAAAUAUUCAAUUUAAUUUUGUUAGUUAUUUGACAUUAUGGGAUCCAAAACCAUACAAACAUAAAUUUUUCGUUCGACUUGCUCGAGCUUUUCCAAUUCUUAAAUAUUUAUUGAUUUGGAAUAUGGAACCACCAUUUUUUAAACGUCAUGAAUCUCAUCUUUAUGAUACAGAUUGGUGCUCAAUUGUUGAAUUUCCUCAUCUUAUUUCACUUGACAUCGAUUAUGUAAGUACUUAUUAUGUUGAACAUUUUCUCAAUGAAACCAAAACACAUUUACCUCAUUUAACUGAAUUAAAAGUCAAUUAUCAACAGUUGGAUUUGGUGACAAAAAACUUUACUAGAGAUGAAACUCGACGUAAUUGUGCUCAAGUCAAACAAUUGAUUGUUAAAUACCCCAUAAUUUAUACAAAAGAUUUUUGUUCGUAUUUUCCUUCGUUAUUAAUUUAA